AUGGCAUCAUCGUCUCCUUCCUUCUUCUUCCUUCUCCUCCUCUUUACAUCCUCCUGCACCGCCUCCACCUACAUGCACCUGCGGUUCUACAACCACGAGAGGAUCCUCGGCUCCGGGCGCAAUGCCACUGUCGUCUACGCCGUCGAGCGCCGACCCUCCGCCUCCGGCUUCGGCAACCUCAUCGUCUACGACAAUCUUCUCCGCCAGGGGGUGGAACAGGACUCGCCAGUCGUGGGGAGGAACAGAGGGAUCGGAGUGGGGACGAGUUUGCUCGAGGAUUCCGGCCUCACCGUCCUGCAGCUCGUGUUCACUGCCGGUAGGUACAGCGGCAGCUCGCUGGCGGCGCAAGGGCCGUUCCCGGUGGCUCCGCUGGGGACGCUGUUCGAGCGGGCAAUCACCGGCGGCACUGGAAGGUUCCGGAACGCGAGAGGCUACGUUUUGACGCGAGAAGUGCGCAGCACGAACUCGACACUCACCGGCCAAAUGGAUGCUUUUAUCACAUUUCGCUAA